CCUCCUCCUUCUCCUCGUCCUCCGCCCCCCUCCCGCAGGGCAGAGCCGGCGGAGGCGGCGGGCGCGGGGCAGAGCGGAGCCGAGCCGAGCCGGCGGAGGUUGUACAGUGCAAACCUUUGAAACCAUCUCUGGGAAGAUGAAGCUUCCAGUAGCAGUAGUCUGGUUUGGAACCUUCUUAUUUUAAGAAAACCUGGAAAUUUCUACCCAUAUUUGCCUAUUCCAACAGAAAUCAGAGGACAAUGAGUUAUUUUUGUUUUUUGCAUAUUUUCACACUGUGUAACAAUUUUUCUUCCUUCUCAUUUUGUUCCAUGGGAAAAACUUGAGCCAGUUUUGCAGCUGAUUCUUACUUCGCCACAUUCCUCUUACUGAGCCAAAUUUUUGGAAACUACAUCCAGAGUACAUCUAUUUUUAUGUCUUGGUUGUUGUUUUUUUUUUUUCUCUUUAUGUGACACAUGUCACUUUUUAUUCUGGUUUGAACCUGUCCUUUUGCGUUGCUGAGUAGCUGCAGAAUCAGUCAAGGAAUUAAACAAUUUCAGACUUACAGAAGAUGACUCACACGCUUCAGAAACAUUCUUAUGGCUGUGCUUGGCUCAUUAAUAUAGGAGUUUAAUGGUAGUAAUAUGAGGUAUUGUAUUAAUUGUUGCAUACAUUUAUUACCAAAUGACUUGCACAGGCAGUGUUUCAGAUGCCGUGGGCCUGAUCACAAUAACCAGAAGUGUCCUGUUUGCAAAGGGGAAAACAAGAUCCCUUUGUACACCGACAGCAGGCAGAUGAAGUGGCUCGCAGUUUUGGAAGUAAGGACUGACCACUGUGAGAGCUGGAAUGGAUUUUUCUGCUUGAGGAAGGGGAAGCUAUGCAGCCUGAUGUUUGGGUUGAUUGUAAUGACUCUGGUGAUGGUAUCCUACAUACUGACUGGAGCCAAGCAUGGCCUGCUGUUAAUACCUUCUCCCUUCCAUUAUGGAGCUUUUGCAAGCAAUCCAAGCUUAAUGGACAAUGAAAGCCUUAGUGACAUGAAAGACCAUUACCAGCCUUCAAAAAUGAAUAUUUCAUAUGUAAAGGAUUACUCAAGCAUUAAAUUAAUUAUUGACACCAUUACUUCAAAGAUAGAGUUUAUCACGAGGCAGCGCCCCGAUUUAGGAGAACUGAGGAAACAAGAGCCACAUAUGUUUUCAGUAAUUCCUAACAAAUUCCUUCCAAAUAGCAAGAACCCUUGUUGGUAUGAAGAGUACAGAGGGAACACAACCACAGACCCUUAUGCAACAAACUCUUAUGCACUGUAUUCAAAGCGCUUUCGAAUCGUCUUCGAUUACCUCAGGAAGGUAUUUUGGAACCACUUGUACCAUUACAAGGGCAAACACUACCGCCUGCGCUGCCUGCCCCAUUUCUACAUCAUUGGCCAGCCCAAGUGUGGCACCACGGACCUGUACGACCGGCUCAGGCUGCACCCCGAGGUCCGGUUCUCAGCAAGCAAAGAGCCCCACUGGUGGACAAGAAAACGCUUUGGAAUCAUCCGUCUGAGGGAUGGAUUUCACGACCGCUACCCGGUGGAAGAUUACCUUGAUCUGUUUGACCUGGCAGCGCAUCAGAUUCAGAGCGUGCUGCAGAGCGAGGCAGUGAGGGAACGUGGCAAGAUGAACAACAUCAUCAUUGGGGAGGCCAGUGCCUCGACAAUGUGGGACAACAACGCUUGGAUUUUCUUUUAUGACAACAGCACUGAUGGAGAACCUCCCUUCUUAAUCCAGGAUUUUAUCCAUGCCUUCCAACCGAAUGCCAAACUUAUCAUCAUGCUGAGAGACCCUGUUGAAAGGUUGUACUCCGAUUAUCUGUACUUUGCCAGUGCCAAUAAAUCCGCGGAAGAUUUCCAUGAAAAAGUGGCAGAAUCCCUGCAGCUGUUUGAAGGUUGUGUGCUGGACUACUCACUGCGAGCCUGUGUCUACAACAACACCCUGAACAACGCCAUGCCUGUAAGGUUACAGGUUGGACUCUAUGUUGUGUAUCUUUUGGACUGGCUGACAGUUUUUGACAAAGAUCAAAUCCUCGUUCUUCGCUUGGAGGACCAUGCAUCCAACAUGAGAUACACCAUGCACAAGGUGUUCCACUUCCUGGAUCUGGGACCUCUAAGUGAGAAACAAGAAGCUCUGAUUACCAAGAGUCCUGCAUCAAACACCAGACGACCUGAAGACAGAAGCCUGGGGCCGAUGCUACCAACCACGAAGGCAAUUUUAAGGGAUUUCUACAGGCCUUUUAAUACAAAACUGGCACAAGUUCUUUUUGAUGAUGCUUUUUUAUGGAAGAGGACAUAAAAUAUGUAAAUUUCGUGCCACAAAUACAGUGCUUAAAGGAGUUUUUAUUUUUUUAAAUUCUAUUUUUGUGCGUGGAUAUUUACAUUGUUCCCAUUCCAAAGAGAAGCCGAUUGAUGGGCUGAGACUCUCACCUUCAGUCAGCACAUUUCACAACAGUUAUACCACAUUUUCCUUGUGAGAAUGGAAAGCAUCUUGCUUAUCAGUCUGUUGUAACUUCUUUUACCCCAGAAAACGAGUGGAAAAGCAUAAGGACAGAGAUGAUGUCUGACACUCUUCCACAGGGGUGUUGAAGUUUAACCUUCUCUAAGAUGCUGCAACAUCCUACAAUUACGCCUAUAAUCACAUUUUCAGUAUAUGUUACUCAUUCAUUUUUUCAAUCAAUCAAUCAAUCAAUGUCAUUUAGUCAUUAAAAUUUUCAAUUGAAUUCAA